AGAGGUACUGCUAUUUGUGAAUUUUUGGCGCCUCUCUGGAUUGCUCCGACACAAUCAUGCUUUCCGGCAAACGGCCUUCCAAGGCCAACAAGCCCUUCGUUCCGCCGUUCGCCCGGCCACCGCCGGAAAAGCUUCUCAAAUCAAACACCGGCGCCGCCGAUGUUGUUUUCGACGCUCCAGAUGAAGCGGUUUCGUCUACGGCUUCUGAAGAGCUUGGAGAUGCGCGGUUGCUUCAAAGUUGGAGUCCAGUGAGCAAAAUGGUGUCUGUGUUGGCUGACGCAGGCUGUUUGCUGGUCAACUCCGCCGGAACGCCGUGUCUCCCCUCGAAUCUCUACAAGUUCCGGCAACGUCUUGAUGGAGUACUCUCCGGCGAUUCUUCCCUCCGACUGCUGUUUCUCAAGGGGUUCUCGGAAUACAUAUCGUCCACCAGCAAUAUGCGCCGGGUUUUGUUACCCUGUCAACGAGAUGGAUUUAGCUCUGUAAGAAGCAACGAAAGUCUGGUUCGACUACUGUUAUUGGUUAAAUGCAUUCAGCAAGAACUUAUAGAAAUGUUGCUGGAGAAGCUUCCUGAGUAUUUUGACACGGAUCCUUCUGUUGGUGGUCAUGGUUUCUCAUCUACAUUGCGAUUCGAAGAUGAUGUAGCAAGAUUGAUUCUGAACCAAUUCCGGUGGCUUGACUUCCUUGUCAAUUCCAAUAAUUUUGUGGAGAAACUGCUACAGGUCAUAUAUAUUUGCCCACAUACUUUGAAAAAAGAGAUGAUAGGAUCAUUGCCUGAGAUCAUAGGCGAUCAGAAUAACAAGACCGUUGUUAGUUCCCUUCAAGAGAUGCUUCAGGAGGACUCGUCCCUUAUUGUUCCUGUACUUGAUGCGUUUUCCAACCUCAAUUUGGAUGAUCUGUUGCAAGAUCAGGUGAUCUUGAUAGCUUUAUCCUGUAUCCGGACAAUUGAUGUUCAACACAUGCCAUACCUACUUAGAUUCUUGCUGAUCUCUGCAAAGCCAUCAAAUGCCCGGCUGCUAAUUUCUAAAAUUCGAGAUCAACUGAAAUUUCUUGGAGGAUCUAACACUCGAGCUUCACAGCUCAGUAAACUUAAAGGAAAAUCGGUUUUAGAUAAUACAGAGGCUUCAAUACUUGAUGCCCUGAGAUCUGGUCUGCGUUUCAAAAGUAUGCUUUGCCUAGAGUUCCUUAAAGAAUUGAAAAGCUUGAAGGAAGCUCGCGAUCAUAAAGCUAUUGACAUAUGGUUGCUUAUACUCAUAUCUAUGAGCAGCGAGCCUUUGCAAAAGAGCGUUCAAAUGGUAUUCAAGAAAAAAAUUAUUGAAGGAUGUUUUCAUGAGCAAAUGUUUGAUCAGUGCAUUCAUGGAAUUAGGGAUUUUUCAAAGGAUUAUCUUGCUGCAUUUCUUUCAUUAUCUUCAUCCUUGUUGUGUUGCAAACAACAAAGAGCUCAAGAAUUUGGAAUACACAUGUAUACACAUCUGUUUGAAGAAUUUUGUGAUGCUUACUCAAGACAAGAAGUUCUAGGGGCACUAAUAACUCAUGUGGGAUCUGGCAUGAGCUGCGAAGUAAGUGCUGCAUUGGAUGCCAUGGUUAAUCUUGCCACCAAGAAAUCCUCGGAGUUGAGUUCAUUCUCCUCUCACAUAAUAGGCAUCUUGGAUUACUUAGAGGGUUUUGGGGUUGACAGUCUUCACAAGGUGUAUGAUGUUUUCAUUCGCGUUGCAGUUUCUGCUCAGUCUAGCUCACAGCCUUAUGGAUGUUCCAUAGCAAAUGAACUCCUAAUGAUAUUGAGGAAGCAGAUCAACAACUCAGAUCUUAUGUACAAGAUGAUUGGUGUGAUUGGGACGCUUAAGAUAGUUUCCUACAUUGCAGAUACAAAUAAUGAUACUCUUCCUUCACUGUCACAGAGGUCAAAUUAUGAGGAAGCUAUGGAGCUCUUGGAAUUAUCCUUUAACUCUUGCAGACAACCUUUACCUUUAAUGCUGUUUUAUGAAGAGCUUGUUUCAGCAUUGCAACGAGUGACACUUCAUCCAAUUAUUAUGGCCUGGGUUGGCAAACAAUUGGGAGAAUUUGAGCCUGUAUACUUAUCUGACCUUGAUAAUGGAAAUUUAGUUGGCCAAGAUUUGUCAUUUGGCCUGGAAGGAGAGUUGUGGAUGAACCUUGAUGGAGACAUAUCUCCUAUAUGUUUAAACAUUUUACCACUUGUUCUCCCUUCAUCUGGAUCAACUUCGUCACUGCAAGUUCUUCCGUCAAAGUUUCUUUUACUCUCUGUUGUUGAGAGAGCAGCCAACCAAGGAUCUCUUGAAGGCAUUGAUGCCCUUCUUGGUUGCCCCUUUCACCUUCCUUCUUCCAAGCUAUUCUCUGAACCAUUGUGGCAGUCAUUGACAGCAAAGCAAAAACAGAUUCUCAUCCUUUCUCUUUAUUAUGCUGCCAAUUGGAUCAGGGAGCUGUUAAAUGCCUUCGCCACUCAAGUAUUUGAGGAAUGUGAUGCCAUCAGUCAAUCGACAAGGAAAGAAGUAAUUCUGAAACUAAUAAAGAGACUGAGAAACCUUGUAUUUCUUGAGAGUUUAUUAGACAAUUGUCUGAAACUGCACCAAGUGCUUCUCCCGGAGCUCUAUCCUCAUUUGGAGCCUUCAACAGUAAUUGAUCUUGAUCAUAUGGGGAACUUGGAAAAGAUGAAUCAGCAUCUUAAAGGGGGUGGAAGUGUCUUCCCAAGAAAGAAGAAAACUAACAAGAAGUCCUUAACACCAUCAUCCAAUGAAGAUAUUGGUGAAAAACUCAGGCAGCCAACGCUGGUUGACAUUUGGAGGAAAGCAGGUGCUAUUUCCAGCCAAGAUGCUCACAAAGAAGAUUUGUGUGUAAUGUCCUCAAAUACAACACACUCUGAAUCAGCAGGAAAUCAUGUUGAUAACUCUUGCCUGGUGCAUGAUGUUGAAAUAUCUGCUCUUACAAAGUGUUUGGAAGCACAAAAGUACAAAUUCAGGCCUCUUUCACUUGAUUGCUUAUCCCUACUCGCAGUUCCAGAGAAGAAUCAAUGUUCUUGCUGUUCUGAUCCAUCUGCUGAGUUACCUCUUCAUCUAUAUAUCCUUCGUGACCUUCACAAAAAGCUGGACAACAUCAGUCCCACAAGAAAACAAAAUUUUGGAAGGCGGUUGAAUGUUCCUGCUGGAUGCAAGCAGAUGAAAGUAAACAGGUUUUUAAGCAAGAUGAGGCCUUUGUUACCGUAUCUUAGGCAAAGCUUUGAACGGGCUGCAUUAACACUCAGAGAAGGUGCUGAACCUUGUCAAGAGCACUGGAUAACUCAUUCUCGUUUGGCUGCAAACCCUGAGAUAAUCAACAUGAAUAUUGUUGCAUCGCCAACUUUGACUUGUAUUUCUGUUUUCAAGGAAUCAAUUCUCUGCUUUGGCAAGAUGCUAACUAUGCCUGAUCUUUUGAAGGAAAAGUCCAUCUUAUUGGAUGUUCUCCAGGCUUUCCAACCAAUAGAAAUGGUUGAGAACUUUUUUGAAGGAAUGCAACUAAUUCCUUCACCAGGAAAUAUAGACUAUUUGUAUGCUGGUGCUUAUAUGUUUCUAGGAGGAGUCUUUGAUGUUGUUAUAAAGUUCUCAUUCAUGCUGGCAUCAGAAGUCUUGCUAGCUUUGGAGUUCUUGAUUACAUCUAUUUCCACUCUCCUCAGCAUGACAUCAUAUGAAAAUGGAGUGGAUACUUCCACUGGGUUUUGCAAGGAAAUUGUUCCCUUUCUUUGCAACAAACUGGGAAACUGUGCUAGGAAACUUUUGAUGACCAAAUGCAAUAGAGAUGAUUGUGGAAGUAGUCUGAAAGCCAACGGUGAAAUGAUCCAGAAGAUACUCCGCAUUUACUUGGGAAAUUUCAAGGCAUCCCCUGACUUGCUAAAUGAGCUUGCUUGCUCUAUUUUAUCUCAGGUAUCUUCAUCCGAAAUAUCAUCAGACAAUGAUAAUCAGACAUUUCCUAUCCUCAGCUCCGCGACAAUGACUGUCUGGUAUCGAGUUUUGCAUGAAGAAAACAUUUCAACACUCAAUAAUUUGGUUAGGGAAAUUGCUCUUGUAGAGAAGCCAAGAGGCGGUGCUAAAGUGGAAAAUGUGCAGAAGCUCCUCAACAAAUUACUGCAGUCAGUGAGUGUGGUCGUUACCCUGGUUAACAUGUGUCGGAACAAUGACAAGGUGAGUGUUCAUGCAAUGGCUGUCAAGUAUGGUGGAAAGUACAUUGACUGCUUCCUUAAAGUCUUUGAUUUCUUACAGGCUGAGUUUCCUAUGCACAAAGACCUGAUACUUCACCUGAUUAAGGAGCUGCAAAAAGCGACAAGAACCAUACAGACACUCUGUUCUGAAGCAAAGGGCUCAAAGAAAACUGUUAUAACUGGAAAAAUUCCCUCCACAAAACGAUCUCUGGAACGAUUUCUGUUUCAUGUCAAGGCUCUGCUCUGCACAGCACCAAGUGGAUUCUCAUUCUGGAUGGGCAAUUUAAAGCACAAGGACUUAACGGGACAGGUGGUCAGCUCUCAGGCGUAUGUGGACGAUCUAAACGAUGAAAACAUAGAAACCACUCCUCAGGAUCAACAACCGAAUGCAUCUAGCUCGGAACACUGAGCAGCAAUGGCAGCAGCAGAGACAGCAUCGGCUGUGGCUGUCGAUCAGAUUACAACAACAGCAGCAGCAGCAGCAGCAGUGGAUAAACAAUCAAAUGGAGAUGAUGCUCAG